CCCCAGGACCGAGCCCCGCGCCGCCGGAGCGGAGGGCCCGAGGGGAGGAGAAAGGAACUGCGCUGAGAGGGAGCCUGGAGCCCGGGAAGGGGAGGGAAGGGGAGCGGAGAGCCGGGGUGAGCCUAUAGGCCACGCGCGAUCCCCAGAGCCUUUCCAGCCCCCUUAGUGUCCACCCCGCCUCUAAGCCCCUGGCCCCUGCCCCUCCUUCGCCUUCUCUGCUCCUUUUGCUUUGUGGCCUUUUACUCCGCUCCCAGAGACACCUGGGAGCUUCUCCGAGCUCUCGGGGAGCCGAGAGGACCCGUCCAGGUUGCGCGUGAGCGGACGGCGAGGCGGCGCCGAGGGCAGGGAGCCGCGGGUGGGAGCUGGCGCAGGUGGCCCUGCACUCUGCUGCCGAGUGGCGGAGGAGGGCGAGUGGGCCCGGGUGAGCCCCUCUUUGGCUUUGGAAAGAAAGGGCCUCCGGUCCAUUCGAGCCGUGCCGCGUGCCAUCGAGGCUCCCCGAGACCCAGGGCGUGCUGAGAGCGAGUGUGCGUGAGUGCGAACCGCCUCGCCGCCGGGGGUGCGCGUGCCUGGGCCAAAAACAGCCACUCAGGCAACGCAUCCUCCCGGCCACGCUCCUGCAGGCCUUUGCCGUCAGCCUGGCCUCCUUUCGCCAGGUUGGGCGAGUUUGAAGAGGGACUUAGGGCUCGGCUCUAGCUUUCCCGCUCUCCCCCGCAGCGUGGCCGCCGCACUGCCCCUGGAGCCCUGACGCACUGCCCCUGGAGCCCUGCUCUCAGACCUCGGGUGGGGUUGAGUUGGUUCCUAAACUUGCUCGUCCAGCCCAACCGCCCCGGCGGCUUCUCCCAGCCCUCGGGGCUGUCGUGAGUGGCCUGGACAGGCGUCGAGCGCCUCAGCUCCCUCCUCGCCUGCCUCGGCUGUGGAAGGGAGCCGGACCUUGCGGACCUGGGGUGCCUCCACGACGUAGGGCAGGCAGCUCCGGGGGCCUGGCCAACCCGGCGGCCCCCGGGAGGCCGCGGGGACAGUACAGAGAGCGCACCCUUGGAUGAGGUCCCGCAGCGACGCCCCAGCCCGCCCCGCUGCUCCUCCUCCUGCCAGGCCAAGUUGCCUCCCAUUUGGGGAUUUUUGUGGGUUUUCUUUCUCCUCCUCCAACCUCUGCGGAGGCCACGACUCAGGCGCCAAAGCCGGGAGCCGCCUCCAUGGUACUGGGCAGCCGCUGCUGAAGUCAGCGAAACGGAGCCUGUCCUGGAGCAGGCCGCGCGGGAGGCCAAGGCCAUGGCCAUAGCCACGUCGGCCCUGCUGGCCCGGGCACUCUACGACAACGCUGCUGAGUCCCCCCAGGAGCUGUCCUUCCGCCGAGGGGACGUCCUACGGGUACUGCAGAGGGAGGGUGCUGGUGGGCUGGACGGCUGGUGCCUCUGCUCCCUGCAUGGCCAGCAGGGCAUUGUGCCUGCCAACAGAGUGAAGCUCCUUCCUGAUGGCCCGGCACCCAAGCCCAGCCUCUCCCAGGUGCCUGGCUCACCAUAUCCAGCCCCAGAGCACAGCAAUGACGACCAGGAGGUUUAUGUGGUGCCACCCCCAGCCCGGCCCUGUCUGACCUCAGGAUCUCCAGCUGGACCCUGCCUGCCCUCCUCUGACCCCAUCUACAAGAUCCCCAGAGGCAGUGGGACCCAACUGGCUGCCCCUGGAGAUGCCUUGGAGGUCUACGACGUGCCCCCCUCUGCCCUCCGAGUUCCCUCCAGUGGCCCGUAUGACUCCCCUGCCUCCUUUUCCCACCCUCUGGCCCGAGUCACUUCGAAACCCCCUGGAGAGGAUGAAGCUCCCUAUGAUGUGCCUCUGGCCCCGAAGCCACCAUCAGAACUGGAGCCAGAUCUGGAGUGGGAGGAGGGCCGAGAGCCAGGGCCCCCUCUCUAUGCUGCCCCCUCCAACCUGAAACGGGCAUCAGCCCUGCUCAAUCUGUACGAAGCACCAGAGGAACUGCUAACAAAUGGGGAAGGUGGGGGCACUGACGAGGGCAUCUACGAUGUGCCUCUGCUGGGGCCAGAGACACCCUCUUCUCCAGAGCCCCUGAGAGCCUCAGCUUCCAGUGACACGGAAACCUUGGCACUGCUUCUGGCCAGAAGCCCUGCACCCUCUCACAGGCCCAGGUUGCCCUCUGCAGAAAGCCUGUCUCGCCGCCCUCUGCCUGCCCUGCCUGUCCUUGAGGCCCCCAGUCCUUCCGCAGCUCUCUCUCCUGCUCCAGGCAGAAAGGGCAGCAUCCAGGACAGGCCUCUGCCUCCACCCCCACCUCGCCUGUCUGGCUAUGGGGGCUAUAAGGUUGAGGGGGAUUCAGAGGGCCAGGAGGUGGAGGAUGACUCCGCAGAACACCACAAUGAGUAUGAGGGCAUCCGGAUGGCUGAGGAGUACGACUACGUCCACCUGAAGGGUAUAGAUAAAGCUCAAGGAUCUAGGCCCCUGGAUAAGACCUUCCCUGGGGAUCCUGAAUUGUUGGAGAAGGGCCCACCAGAGCAGCAGGAGGUCCUGUCCGCUGGGGAGCCGCUGGUUCUGCCAGCCGGAGAUCUACAGCUCCUACACUUCUACGCAGGCCAGUGCCAGAGCCACUACUCUGCGCUGCAGGCGGCUGUGGCAGCCCUGAUGUCCAGCACCAGGGCCAAUCAACCCCCACGCCUCUUCGUGCCCCAUGGCAAGCGGUUGGUGGUGGCUGCUCACCGCCUGGUGUUUGUUGGGGACACCCUGGGCCGGCUGGCAGCCUCUGCCCCUCUCCGAGCACAGGUUGGGGCUGCAGGUACCGCGCUGGGCCAGGAAUUGCGGGCUACUGUGCUCGCUGUCAAGGGGGCCGCCCUGGGCUACCCAUCUGGUUCCGCAGCCCAAAAGAUGGCGCAGUGUGUGACACAGCUGGCUGGAAAGGCCCUGCAGUUCACUGCCCUGCUCACUAGCCUGGCCCCCUGAGGCUCCCGUGGCCCUGCUCCGACCCUGCCCUGUCUGCCGGAGCCCCGCCCCAGUCUUUGAGCGGCUGGAGGGCUCUGUUCAGGCACUCGGAGGGGUGGCGAUAUACUUCCCAGUUCCUGCCCCUUCCAGUCAUGUCAGUCUCUCACAGAGGCAUCUCUUCCCCCACCCUACAGCUUUUUGUAUGAGCCAUUUUGUAUAAAUUAUUUUUAUUUAAUAUUAUUCCCUGCUUUGUCAGGAGCAGGUGCUAGGCCCUCUGGGGCAAAGAGGAGCUGGACUUUUCCUCCUCUCAGCCUGGGGCAGAGGCACUCGGUCACUGUGCUGCCGCCCACCUCUGGGAGCUUGGCCCUGCAGAGGGCCAGGUGGAUGAAAGCUGGGCCACGCUUUCUGGGCUGUAGAACAUCAGUGCCUCUCUGUUCGGUGAGAGUGAGGGCAGGACGUGGAUUGCCCGGAAUGUGAACCUUGGGAGAAGGCAGAGGGCUCUUUCCCACAGGAAACUGGUGAGCGCUGGGCCUCAGGUGCUGGGCAGGCAUCUCAAUAAACAGUACUGUCUGGU